ACGUGCGUGUGGGUUAGCGUGUGCAGUGAAUAUACAUUUAACAUCAUAUCAAGUAAUGGAGGAUACGUCAGCUGUUGUGUAUACCGCAAGUUCUGCAGAAUAAUAAUACAAAUAAUGUAAAUAUGCUUUAGAAUGGAUCAUGACGAAGAUAAAAGAGAAAACUUUGAGUCUUCGAUGGAUUUGUUGGAGGAGAGAGGAGCUGUAGAGGAUGAAGAGGAGGAAGAGGCUGAGGAGGAGGGUAUCCUGGAGGCGGAUAUCUCGGAUACAGUUGUUGAUGAGACCGCCGAGGACGAUGAGUUGUAUAUCUCCAGUGUAGAGGACGGAGUUGAACCUGGAGGAUCAGAGUUAGAUGUUAAACUUGAACCAAUGAGUCCUCCUCCGAGUCCUACCUCAAUCUGUCAAAUAGAAAAUGUUGUAAGUGGAUCAGCUGACGUUGAUACAUGUGAGGAUGAGGAUCCUAAGGAUAUUGAACUCGAAUACGACGAUACUAUUGUAACUGUUGUCGACUCUAAAAGGGAGCUGGGGAUCAGGAAAUGUGAUAUUCUUCUACCAAACUUUAAAUAUAAAACUAAACAUUUAAACUCGGCAAAAAGAUUUCCUGUGGGCAAGUUAAAAAACUCUCAUCCCGAGUUCUUUAAGAAGAAAGGAAAUGGAAAGAAAACCAGUUCUUCUAAGUCCAUGGGAGGGGGAUUCGCGGUCAAGGCGUUGAUAAAAAAGGAGAAAGAAGAAGAAACUCCAAGUAAAAAAUCAGCUAAAGUUUCCAAGAAACCUAUGAAAGAAGAGUGGAUUAAAGCUCCGCAGAAACCAUUAAUUAAGUCGGUGAAGAAAGAGUCCGUCUCCAAUACAUCCUGUGAUCCUGCUCCGUCUUCAACUCCAAACUUGAAAGAAGUGACGAUUAAGAAUCUUAGAGUUGGAGUAGAGAGACUUCACAAAAAUAUUGUAAACUUCAAAUACAAACAAUAUAAAGAAUUCAUGGAUAAACAGAACCCUCCAUAUAUCAGUAAAGAAGACGACAUUAAGAAGAAAAAGUUAAAAAAUUCAACUCCUAAAAAAGGCAAGAAAGCCAAUGUAGAAAUAAAAAAUGAACCUGCUGCAAAAUCCGUUUCUAAAUCUAUAAAGGUCCAAGAGCAGAAAUCUCCAAAAUCAACUAAGGAGUCUUCACGUUUGUUUGAAAAGUUUGGAAUAAAUACAGAUACCAGCUCUGAUUCAGAGAAUGAGAAGGAGUCUCCAGUUAAAACUGAAACCAAGAUUAAUGGAACCCUUAAACCUCAGAAACCUGAACCAAAAUCACAUAAAAAGCUAAAAGAUCCCAAACCAAAUGGGGAAAGAAAGAUCUCUACUGAGAAGAGAAAAAUAUCCUCGGAGAAAAGAAAAUCUCUUUCCGUAGAUAAAAGUGAAGAUGAAGAUUUAUCCAAAGAAUCCACUGUUAUCACAAACCCAUUCUUUCAAACAGACCUGCCUCCGGAGGGGAAGGAUAGACAGGAGAAGGAGAAAGAGAAGUUGGUUGAAAUGCUCUUCUCUCUGAUUAAGGGAAGUAAAACAGUCUCCGGGGUAACCAUUAAGACUGAAGUAACAGAGGAAAUUCAUAAGAAAACCUCUUUAUCGGAACCUAGAAAAACUUCCAUAUCAGAAACCACUCCCAAUAAAACUCCGAUAUUGGAGACCACUCCCAAUACAAUUCCAAGAUCGGAAACCACUCCCAAUAAAACUCCUUUAGCGGAACCCACUCCUGAGAAGACUUCUGAAAAUAGUAUUUCAAUGCCUAAAUCUUCAGAAAUUGAAAAGACUCCAGAUGAUUCUUCAGCUCAAACCCCGGACGCUUUCGUCGAACCAACUCCAAUAAAUAGUACCUUGGAUAACACCUCGACUCGAACCCAAGAACCUGAGAAACAUAUCGAACCUUUGAUAUCUGAUCCUUUCGAGCAGCUUUUCGGUUCAAGUGAAGUCAAAUCAGAAAAAUCUGCUUCAGAGAAUAGAUCCGCUCCAGUCAAGGAAUUAGAUAAUUUUCAGGUUCCCGAGGCAUCGAUAUUCGCUGGAGGUGACGAGGAUUUUUUCGAUGACGCUUGUAUUGAUGACAGAGAGGGUAGUUCAGACGGAGCAGUAUCCGAUCAUGAUGAAAAUAUUCCCGCAUUUGCGUUCACGAAGUCCUCGGAGAUAGAACGUAAAAAAUGGCUGCUUCCAAAUCUGUUUAAGCAGACUCCGGAGCUUCAGCUUCUCCGAGCUCUACUAGAGCUACACUCCGAGGAGCAGCGUAUACUGACCAAAAGCAGCAUGACCCUGGGUGAGCUUGAAAAUAGUAUGCAGAGUGCCAUUAAUAACAUUAAUCAAUUAGUCAUUGAUACAAAGGUUGAUAGGGUAAAAAGAAAGAAAAGGGAUUAUCGUAGAUUAAGAACUUUCAAUAUGCGCGGUGUCCAAGUGAAUAUAAAAAAUGUGAAGAACGAGGAUACGGCUGCGUAUGAAAAAGCUCUGAAAGUUUUUAAUGAACGAAAUGGGGACAGCAUUUAUUUAUGGGAUUAUGAUCGUAAAUCUCGUUUAAUCAACAACAGUCAGUCCAGUGUUAAGAAAAGAUUUAUCCGAUCUCGAUCACUCUCAUCCAGCUCCAGUGAUAAUAGCCCUGUGAGGAACCGAGAACCGAAUCCGUCUCCCAAAUCCAAGAAGUCGGAGGAGCAAGGUUCGGACUCCGAAACUGAUUCACAGAAAGAAUCCCAAAAGAAGGCAGAGAAACACCAAAAGAAACCAGAAUUUAAACGAGGGAAAGACGAGAAGAAAAAUAGGGAUCCGAACAAAUUUAAGAUUCCGAAAGUUUCUCAGGUUGCUGAAAAUAAACAAACCCUAAAAUCCAUCCUAGAAGAGGGAUUGAAGAAAGGAGUCUCAACACCACAGAAAUCAUAUCAUAGUCCUCAAAACCGACAUGUUGGACGAUACCAGGACUGGAGAAAGGAACAGAGAAUAAAGGAAGUGGUUCGGAAGAAAGAAAAAGUUAUAGACAUCAAGAAGAUUGAAGAACAGAUUGCAAAACCUGCCGCUGCUCCAAACUUCGUAGACAACAUCCUCUCAUCCAUGGACAAACUUAAAACGCACAAACCUGAGAGCGCAAAAUCUACGGAGAAAUUAGAUUCGGAGCAACCCAACCUGACGGAGAAACCGUCUCCGGCUCGAGCGUCGGAUGAAUUAGCUCUUCAGGAGAUUAAACUGAAAGAACGUGAGGCGGAUAAGAUUAGACACCAGGAGAAGCGUAUGAAGGAUCUAGCGGAGAAUAUGAUUGCUCCGGCAAACCCAAUGACUGAUCUAACCUCUGAUGAGUGGGGAGCUCCAAUCGGCAAAUCUCAGUUACACAUAAUUGUUCCAAAAUUAAAAACAUCGGCUCCUGCCGAGUGCAUCGAUGACAACUCUGACGAUGAUCUCCCUGAACCUGUAUCUGCUGUAGCUGACGAAGAUGAUUUUCCUGUGCCUGUACCUUCUAUACCUCUUUCUCCCAGAUCAAUACAAAACAUGGACCGAUCAAAACUCACAGCAAGUAAAGAUCCAGCUUACAAUCAUGAAAAGGUAACGAUGGAUCAACAUGUUUCCGAGUCGAAUGAUGAUUGCGCUGAUGACUACAAUGAUGAUAAUGGAGGUGGAUUUGAUGAUUAUGAUGAUGAUGAUGAUCAAUCCCACCAGGUUGCCAAAGUAGUUGAGAGUCCUGUAAAGACUGUUGAAAGUAAAAAGUUUGUUAGAGAUCGUAGUCGAACUCCUAGUCCCUUUCUUCGGUGUAACCGUUACUACCCGGAGUUUUAUGCCAAGAAGGUGGCGAUAGAAACCGCUCCCAAAUCCAUUCAGUCAACCAUCCCUACUCCUGCCCUACCCUUACCUGCAGUACCAGCUCCUAUACCACAUCCAUACUUGACACAACAAUCUGCCCAGGUUCGGCCUCCAGAUCCUGUUCUAGCCUCUUUCCCUCCCACUCCUGUCCCUGCUCCUUCCUCUUCAUCCAUCCUUUCAUCUGUCAGGUUUCCUUCAGACAUUGAUCAGAGAAUAGCGAAGCAUUUCAGGGAUAAAAGAUCCAAGCAGCAAAGUCGGAAAAGGAAAAGUGAAAAUGAAGCUUACGAACCUUCAACUUCUCCGUUGUGGCAGGCAAGUCUAGAGGAGAAAAGACUUCCUGUUCCAAAAGGGAAAACUUUUAAGGAUUUUCAAAUCGAUCCAAUGGAUUCGUUCAUGCUCAAUCCACCCAAGGAUAUUGUAGGAUCCGAUGUUGAAUCUAAGGAUCUAGGAUCAAGAUUGACAGGAGCAGGAUUGGGAGUAUUUAUCAACAAGGUGAUUUCUAGUUUAAAAACAACCAAGAAAGAAGAUUCCGGCAAAAUUAAAGGAAGUGGCGGACUCUAUUUACCUUCCUUGCGUACUCAUGAUGAAGAUUAUGAAAGAGAACGUCCUUCUCAAUCCAUUAAACUCCUCCCACCCCUUGACGAUCUACCGCCUCUCCCUCCAGAUCCUGUAGUUGAUCUUGAACCUGGAGAACUACCUGAUUCUCCCCCUCGGCCUCCACCAGAUUCCCCCCCUCAUAGUCAUUAUGACGAUGAUGACGAUUCUUCCACCAUAAACGUCCAGGAGGCAGAUCUAGACGAUUCCAUGAUUCUGGAGAUUGUUGGAGAGCUUGACGAUACUCUGGAGGAGGAAGAGAAGUUGUUCCGUGCCAAGGAGAAACUUGCCAAACAUCUUCUCAAGAAGAAAUCAGAUCUCUCCUCGACAUGGGAAUCAAAGAAACCGAUGAGUGAGCGAGGUCAUAGUGUUAGGAAAAUGAUGAUCAUGCAACUUCCGAACCAAUCCAAACCUGCAGUACCUGAUAUUAUUCAGGCCUUGAACCAACCCCCUCCUCCUCCUCCCCAUCUACUCCAGCAAGUAAAGCCUCAGGUCCAGGACUAUGUCCGAUCUAACAACCAUCAAGUAGACGAUAAUGAUAUUGACAGCUUUGCAUCCUCUUGGGGAUUCCAGGACAACAGUCGAGAAGAGAAUAAUAUUGCAGAACCUCCUCAAGAUGAAGGAUUUUCGUCGGCCAUAUCCAAGCUUCGGGGAGCCCGGCCUCCGCCUGUGCCGCAUAUGUCCUCCGCCCUGGAAAAGCUGCGGAGUAUGAAGAGAAGAACGAUCCUUGAGUCUCCGUUCUAUGAACCUAGUCCUAAGCGAGAACGUUUACAAGAUAUGAAUUCUCCGUCCGUGAGUCGAGUUCUCGAUGAGUUUAUGGAACCAGAGAAUUUCACGAAUCCUCUGUUCAAUUUCAGAAACGAAAUGAAAACGGGUCAAUCUAAUAUUAAUGCUCGGUUUAACGAUGUGGAGAAUUUUAAUGGUCCACGUGGAGGUGGGUUAUUACCUGAUCCUAGGUUUGAUCCAGGGAGUGAAAGGGAGGAACCGACUUUAAACCCGAUGUUCCAAAACUCUUCUCAGAUUAAUAACUUGUUGGUUGAUAAUAGUUGGAUCAACAGUAGAGAUGCUCCAUUCCCUCAAAAUCCGCCAAAAUUUUUCAAUAAGUCAAAUUCGUCAAAUCUUCCCAAUAUGAACUUGCAAUCAGAUUUGAAUCAAUCAAAUUUUCACCAUCGACCAAGAUUGUUGAACAAUCUCAACUCAUCAAACCUUCCAAACUUUAUGAACAAAAGUUCUGAUGUAAAUCCUACAAACCCUGUGGGAGGCAGGCAACCUUUCCCGAAUAGUAUAAACGAGAUGAAUCGUCCCGGUUUUAUGAGUUUUCCCAACCCAGGAAAUAAAACUGGAUUGCUCGGCGAUCCUAAUGAUCAUGAAAAUCAUCAGAAUUUUUCCUCUGAUUUUAAUCGUUCUAGAGAACAAGAACGAGUACCAUUCCAACAAAACACAAGACAAACCCCACCUAGAGAUUUCUUCAAUGGUGAGGGUAGAACUAAUUUCAAUGGUUCAAAUUCAAGGUUAGAGGAACAACCAGGUUCAGAUGGCCCCAAUAGUAUCCAAUUACAGGAUGACUCUGAAGCUCAUCUUGCAGAUCAGUUGCACAAUAGGCUAACCACUGUAACAGAACGAGAGUACCUGGAAAAGUUUAUGUUUGACUGGAACAUGCUUCUACGGACAGAGUUUCAAUCCCAACUACUCAAUUUCCGACGGAAACAGAACUCGGACGAACCCCAUGAAAGUGCUGAAAUCUAUGAUUUAGGAAAGGAGUUUAAUGAUUACCGGUUAAACCAGCAAGUUAAGGAUCUACAGGGUGGACCAGAUAAGGACGUUUUUACCUCUUCCCUUGUGGAAGGAAACCUUCAGUUCAAAUGUGAAAUCUGCAAUAUUACCGUGUUAGGGAAGAGAAAUAUGGAGGGCCAUAUGUUUGGUAGAAAGCACAAAACUAAGCUUGAAGAAUUCACCAUUGUAGAAAACUCUGAGGGUCCUCGAAAACCCCCUGCAGUGGUUCCUAAGCCUUCUGUUGCUGUGACUGAUCCUGGUCCUAUCUCUAGUCUACUCCAACAGUACAAGGCAGCUCCGCUCAUUGGAUUAGAAUAUAUAGUAGAGAUUGUCGGAGAGAAGGGGGAACCUGAUUAUACCUGUCUUCUCUGCAAGUUUGAAUGUAAGACUAGGGAGCUCAUGUAUCAUCUACUCUCCGCACACCAUAGACUCUUCUAUUUGUCAAGAUUUUUCCCUUCCGCCCGGACCAAGUUUUCAAAAGUUCCGAACCGACGAUUCUGGGAAAAACCAACUUAUGAUUUUCUUGACUCUGUGAUCAACCGGAUAGAAUUCAAGUUCGGACGGAAAUCUCCUUUUGUUCUUCUAGCUCAACACGGGUCUAUAGAAGUGGAGAAGAAGAAACUUCUGAAUAAACUGGAAGGAAUGGAACAUUUUAGUGAAUGUCCAGUGCUUGACUUUGGGAGUUUACCUGAUCCAUUUGGAGCUUAUUUAAACCGUAUUCCACGCCAUCAAAUACAAUUAUAAUCCAUAAUACAAUCCUCAUCAUUACUCCCUUAACUUUCCUGUUGAAGUGAUUCAGUGUUAAUUCUUGUCCAAAUACGUAUACCGUUAAUGGAUAUUUUUUGCACAUCA